AGGUGGCUUUGAGCCAGGCACCGUCUCCUGGCCGAGCCUACCUUACAGGGUCGUUGUGAGAUAGGAGAGGAAAAUGAAGAGGGAAGGACUCUGCAAGCCCACCUGGGUUCCUUGCUAAAGAGGAUGGACUAUAAAUGAAAUCGAAUCAUAGUAUGCCUCAGUUCACUUGCUAGCAUUUUGUACCUCUUGCAGUUUUAUUGCAGAUAACUAUAGGCCUGUUUUCAAACACACAGGUAUGGACAGAAGAACAGUAAAUAGUGGGGCCACAAGGUCAGGAAGGAUGUCUGUGGGCUGUAUGGGAAGCAUUAGUGUAUCAUUUUUGUAGGCCUUUAAACCUUGUGUAGAAAUGUUAACAACUCUAGCUGCUUGGUUCUGUCGUUUACCAUUUUGGCCUCUGAACCAAUGUAGAUGCUUGUGAGAGUGUGCAUUUAGUGUGUGCUACAUAAAUCUGUCAAAAAUCACAGACUGGCGAUGUGUUGACAUCUUUAAAAAAAAAAAAAGGAAAUUUGUCAAGAAGGAUCAAGUAACAGCCUGAUUUUGACAGUUUCAAGAUUGUGGUGCAUCCUCUCCUUCCCACACAUUUUGCUCACUUUUAGGUAGUGGGUGGAGCAUUUUGUGUGAACAGUCAGUGGCAUCUGUUUUUUUUUUUAAUUGUUCAUACAGUUUAAUUUGCUCCAAACAGUGUUUUUAGUUUUUAUUGUCUUGGUUAUAUGUAGAUGUAAUUAGAAUAUAAGAAGAGCUCUGUUGAAUUAGACCAAAAGUUUGUCUAAUUCAGUUUUUGGAUUUCUACAGUAUCCAAUCAGUGAUAUAAACGUGAACAUUUCUUCUAACACAGAUCCCUCUUAGUGAUUACUUUUAAAUUUAAUAAUAAUUUGGGUUUUAGCCCGCUCCUAGCUGAGGCUGAGGGAUCUUCCAUUCAGGCUGCUCAGUCUCAGCAGCACUGCAGCCUCAGAAGUACAUGAAGUUCUCAGCUUGUGAUUCCCAAGUUCUUUAAGUGAUCUGCAGAAAGGCUGAGGAACAAUGAAAAAUAAAUUAUGGUAAAAAAUAAAAGUACUCAACACUGGACUUGAUUAAUUUUUUUCUAAUAAGAGAAAUCAAAACACGUUGAUUGAGGCCUAGGGUUCCUCACUGAUAUAACACAACAUGGAUGCAAUCUCAUCAUUUCCCCCUAUAUAUGUAUCAUUUAAAAGGACACUUCAUGAUGUCCUGGUUUAGGGCCUGUGGUUUUCAUACUAAACAGAUUUUGAAGAUGAUGCCCCUGCAGAUGGAAAGAUGUUAUUAAAAUAUGGAUUAUGUGUGUGCUUUGAUUUGUAUAAUAAAACAUUUAAGAGUUCUGCUGAUAUUGCGAGCAAUUUUCAAGUGGUCUGUGCCAACAGGCAGGGUGGGGGACAGAAUGUUUGAGAAUCACUGUCCUACACUUUUCAUAGAAUGCUGUCACCAGUUUCUAAAGAAAAUACAAAACUCUACUGGAAAUAUUUCUUGCAUUAUUAUGACAUUUUAGGCCCAUGGGAAUUAUGUUACUUAAAAACCAUGGGAGUUAUACUACUUAUGUUUUAAAGCACACACUGAAAACAUUGUGUACAACAGAAUAGAGAAUAGGUUUAUGCGUUCCAGUUUGAAAUAACAUACUUGUAUUGCACAAAGGCAAAUAGAUAUUAAAAGUAACAUUUUUUUUGAAAGGCAAACAAAUUAUUUUACUAUGGCAUAAAAUCAAAGCAACCUGUGGUUUAUUCAUAAAUUGUUAAAUAUAAAUUGAAUUAAAAAUAACAUCCACCUCCUCUCUCCCUGCAAACAAUGAAAAUCAAUCAACAGUGUAUUGGGGAAGUGGUUUUCUCUGGCUCUUGUCACACCAGUAGUUAAUUGCUAGUGAUGACAUAUUUUUCAUUUUAUGGUAACUUAAGUGUAUUUGUAUUACUGUUAUCAUAAAAAUCAAUCUGAAGUGGUGGGCAAAAGAUUAUAGUAUGCAAUGAAUUGUCCAUUUGUCACUUUCAACACACUGAAUUUUAAAAAAACGUGAAAAGUGAAGUGAGUUCUUAGCAAACUCUCUUUAAAAUUCUUGGUGUUUGGGUGAUCUUUUAGGGUUGCCAUCCUCUACCAUUAGAGCCUAAAAACUGACUUGCCCCAUCACACCAAAAGUCCAUCCAUCCUGUACUUUGUUUUCUAUGCACAAUGCCUUGGGAUAAGUCCAUAUUACAUAGUGGUUAGAGUAUUGGAGAAGAAAUGAGGAGAUGGAGGUUCAGAUAUGUGCUCACUGUGUGACUUUGGGCUAAUCACUUCCUGUUAGCCUAAUCUGCCUCAAUGGUUUCCUCUGAAGAUAGAAUGGGUGAGGAGACAGAGCAGGCUGCCUUGAGUGCCUUGUAGUAGAGAUGGAAUAUAGAUAUUAAUGCAAUGCUAACCCUUAGGAAGCUCUUCUUGCAUUCAGCACCAGGAAAGACACACGUCUUUUCCAGGCAGUUGGACAUAAGUUAUGGCCCAACUGUGCUGUUCAAACUUGACUGAGUUUAUGUGGGAAGAGUGGGGAGAGAUUUUGUAUGUUGGGGAUGAACACUUUUCAUAAUGCAUUAUGUUUAGAUUUUGUGUUUUUGUAUUAUUGUGCUGAUUAUGGAUUAUUGAUUUUAUGUUUUUUCUGCUAUAAUCAUGGAUUUUGGUAUUUGUAUUUGUGAGUUGCUUUGAAACUGCUUUUUGCAGUGGGAAAGGAUGCAUAAAUUUAAUUAAAAAACUGAUUUUCAUAAUCCAUAAUAAAUGGCUCCUGAGAUAGGCAGUAUUGAGCAAGAUGGACCAAUGAUCGACUUGGUAUAAGGUAACUUUCUGUGUUUCUUUGCUUUAUUACUACAUGAUGAUGAGGAUGAGGAUGAUGAUGAUGAAUAUAAUUGCAUUCUACCCUUCCACUGCAUUUGCAGCACUCAGGAUGGCUUACAAGAUUUUAAAAUCAAUAAAAUCCAACAUAAAUUAAACAAUAAUACACAGAAUGAACAGAGACAGGUGCAACAGAUAAAACCAGUCUUAAACACCCCAAAAGAAUAAUUACCUCGGCAGCCAGAAAAGAAUCUUCAACUUUAAAGGAAAUCUGCCAAAAUAACAAUGCCCUAGCCAUCUUGCAAAUAUAAGAGGAGAGUGGGCCAAAUAGACCAUUGUAGUGAAUUCUAUAAUCUAGGUACAGCUACAGUGAAGGCCCUUUCCCAUGCCCCAGUCAGUUAUGACUUAGCCACUGUUAAAGCAUGAAGAAAAUGCUCUCCAGCAGAUCUUUUAAGUGGGCAAGCUGGCAUGGAAGCAGAUGGUUUUACUUAAAGGGCUCAGGCCUAGGUAAUCAUAUUCACUUUGAAUUUUGCCCACACGAGAAUUAGCAGUAUUUUUACCAAGUUUUUUGGUUGACAGUGCAUUAGUUUUUAUCAGUUGCAUGACAAACAAAUGAUCCAGUUGAUAGUUUUUCCAUCUCUAUAAUUUUCAUGAUGGGAAAUGUAACAGCUGUUGAUUUCUUACACACCCAUACCAACCAAAGAAUGGGGAACAUGUAAGCACUAUGUUGUUGGACUGCAACUCCCAUUAUGCUAGGGUUGAUGGAGGUUGCAGUCUAUCAACAUCUGGAAGGCUACAUAUUCUGUAUCCCUGAACUAAAGGCACAAGAAUCUUGUUAGAAAAAAAUGGCCAUCUUGCAUUUUAAAGGGUAAUUUAUUUAUUUUGUAUAACUUUUUCACUUCCAACUUUAUUUAUUAUUUAAAUAUACUCUUAAGUACUUUCCAUGUUCCUAAUCCUAACCCCAAACUUGUGGUAGUAUUUCAUAUAUAUAUACCCAGCCCUAAUCCUGAAGGCUUAGGACUGGCAGCAAUAGCUUUUAAAACAAACAUAAGCACAAUGUAAAUCUGAAGGAAAAAUUCAGACACUGCUGUUAUUAUUAGCACAACUCAUGUAUGCAGUUCUGCUUCUUAGGAAUUUGAUGCAUUUUUGUCACCUUUUCUAUGGGUGUUAUUAUGUUUGUUUCUCUCUUAGAACCUGUGACAGAGUCUGUCUUGAAAAAGUAUGGCUUUCCUGCAUCUGGAACCCAGAUCAAAUGUUACACUAAUCAUGCACUGUCUUAUGAUCAGGCAAAGCGGAUACCUAGUUGGGUGAUUGAACAUAUUUCUAAACAUAAAACCUUGGGCAAUGCAGACAGAAAACAUUGUAAAUUUAGACCUGAUCCUAGCAUCCCUCCAAUGUUCAGUGCCAUGAAUGAAGACUACAUCGGGAGUGGCUGGUCACGAGGCCAUAUGGCACCAGCAGGGGAUAACAAAUACUCACCAAAAGCCAUGGCAGAAACGUUUUAUCUGUCCAACAUAGUACCUCAGAACUAUGAGAAUAAUGCUGGAUUCUGGAAUAGAAUAGAAAUGUAUUGUCGGGAACUGACUGAAAGAUUUGAAGAUGUCUGGAUUGUUUCAGGACCUUUGAUGUUACCUCAGAUAGAUGAUGAUGGGAAGAAAAGAGUUGUCUAUCAGGUAAUUGGAAAAGAUGAUGUGGCUGUACCUUCACAUCUGUACAAAGUGAUUCUUGCCAGACAAAGUGAAGCUUCCACAGAUCCGUUGGCACUUGGAGCCUUCGUAGUGCCCAACAUCCCUAUUGGCUUUGACCACCAGCUGCUGGAAUUCCAAGUUAACAUUGAAGACCUAGAGAAAAUGGCAGGCCUUAUUUUCUUUCCACAAGUAGAUAAAUCCAAAGAUGUUAGAAAUAUUUGUGAGGUUGAUACUUGUAAACUAAUGAAUUUCGAGGAGUUUACUUUGUACAUCACUACUCGCAAGUUACAGAAUGCUAGGACGCUGGAGCGUUUGGGAAAGAUCAUGUCUGAAUUACAGGAAAAAGGAAUCAAGCCCAAUGAAUAUCUUUUAAAGGUUUAUAAGAAGAAGAAGGAAGAAUUAGAAAUGCAGAUGCCAACUGAACUGAGAGAAGGCAGAGCUGGUUAAUGUCUUAUUUAAAAACAACAAGCCUGUGUGUUUAUUUUCUGUAAAGAGCUUUUAUGUAGUGAUUCUGGUAUUGUUAAGAAGCAAUCUUGGCCAAGCUUUUAAACUGGCUGGGCUUCUCUGGGGAAAGCAUAGCAUUCUUCUGAGAUAAAUUAAAACAACCCCUGAAGCACGGUUUGGCAGCUGGACUUUCGGCAACUAGUUUGGGUCCUUUUUCAAAUCAGUCAUCAGAUUUUGGGUUUAUUUGGAGCCUGUUCUAAGAAUAAUACAAAUGUAUUAUUUGUAUUAUACAUUAUUUUACCUAAGGUAAAAAAUAGUUACCGUAGGAAUAUGAGUAGAAUUUGUUUUGAUUUCAUUUUCUAACUUGAUGCUUUAGAAGUGAUGUUAGUUAAUGUGUAUGUACUCAAUCAUAAUUGUAUGAAGAAACAUUUCAGCUGUUAAACCUAAUUGUAUCUUUAAAAGAGAAUAAGGGUACAUUCCUGUUGCCUUUGCAGCAGAUGCAUCCGACCUAGGAGGCUGACAAGUAUCUAGUGCAAGCUGCAAGGCAGGGUAGCAACAGCAAGCUCCAACAUUUCCGUACCGCAUGCUCUACAUUUUAUCUGGAUGGCUGUCAGCAGCCCUAUAGAUUUGGGGCUGGCAAGGGGGAGGGUAGAAAAGUAAGCAGCUGACUAGAAACAGCACAGCUCCAUAGCCCCUCCCUCCCUCCCUUCCUCGUCCACCAGGAUAACCCUUUUCCCCUACUCCACGGCUCACUUGCGACCUUGAAGGGGCGUCUGGCAAGGGUCUUUCCAUACCAGCUGUGAGGGGCAGGGUGGGGGGCACUGACCUCAGAGGCAGUGUUCAGAGACCAUAGGAUUGUGUCGUAUCUCUCUGAUAACCUCUAGUUUCUAUUAAUUUUUGUAAACCGCCCAGAGAGCUUUGGCCAUGGGCAGUAUAGAAAUAAUAAUAAUUUUUAUUUAUUAUUUUUCCCUUCAGUGAAACUUCUAAGUACCUGCAUUAUGUACCUGGCUUUUUUUUAUUUAUUUGGUGCCAUUAUGUUAUGUUUCAAGAUGUCUGGCUACCUUUUCUUUGUUGUAGCACCCUAUUAAUUUUUUUCAUUGAACUAAACCUCCCUAGAAUGUAUUGGUUCUUGACACAAAGCCUCUAAUUUCCUUCCACUAUUAUCACAUCAUUAGAAAACCCCCAUAACACCCCAACUUAUCAGUGCUUUUACUUUUAUUGAUAUUCUUUGUUUGAAAACAAAUGUCUGUAAAGCUUCUGUUUCCAUAUGCCUUGAGAAGCUCUCUGAUAAAUGAAGUGAGUUUUAAUGCACAUUUCCACAAGGCUUCAAUUGUAUUGUUUGUUUCUUCAGAAAUGCAGGAUGAGCUUCAUUGCAUGAGGGCCCUGCUUCCUUCCAUGCUUGCACAGAAAUAUUUCCCUUUCCUUUUUUCCUCCAAAGCCACUUCACCAAACUUGUGACACAAAGAUGGAGACAAUCAGGACUGCAGUUCAGGGAGAAUGCUUAGAAGGUGUUUUCAGCUCUACUCUUGUGCUUCUCUGAAUCACAGCUGUGGGCUUUUCUGGGCUAUAAUGUACAACUUCUGAGUGGCAAAUAUUUUAAAAGAAAUGUUUCCAGUCAGUCAAUAAACAUUUUCUUAAGCCCUGUGCACCAA